AGCUACAUUUCCUCUCUCCAUGCCGAGGCCGAGGCCGAGGCCACUGACGUUGUAUUUUAUUAAUUGGUGAAAAUGGUUUCCGUACGAAAGCAUUGGUUGGUAACAAUUAAUAAAUAAUGACGAUGAAGUGGUAGAGACUAGAGAGAAAAGAAGAGGACCUCGUCCUCCAUAUCUGAACCUCAAGACUUGGUGUUGGGCUUUCUUAAAGCCCAAAGAAUGGUGGCGGUGGGACGCAGCUUCGAGGAAUGGAGUCCAUUUGCAGCGAUGGUGAUCGUGGAGUGCCUCGAUGUGGGCCUCAGCACGUUGGGCAAAGCAGCCAUGUCCAGAGGAAUGAACCACUUCGUCUUCGUCCUCUACUCCAACGCUCUCGCUACGCUCAUUCUCCUCCCUUCCUCUUUCAUCACCAACUCACGUGUACCAAGAGCAACGAGAGCACCCCUUUCUUUCUCGCUUCUCUCCAAAUUCUUCCUCCUCGGCCUUCUUGGCAUAACUAUCAUGCAGAAUUGUGUUUUCACCGCCAUUGACUAUAGCUCUCCCACACUUGGAUCCGCUAUGAGCAACAUAACUCCAGCAGUCACUUUUGUGCUCGCGGUCAUCCUCAGGAUGGAGAAGUUGGAUAUUGGAAGCUCAAUAAGCCAGAUCAAAGUCAUGGGCACAGUGCUGUCCAUCUCUGGAGCAUUACUCGUGACCCUUUACAAGGGCAGUCCCAUCGGAGGACUUCGAACUCAACCCUCUCCAUCACAGCCAUUGCCAUCUUUGUUGGCUGAAACCGGUAACUGGGUCAUUGGAGGUCUCUUCUUUGCCACUGCCUCUCUAUCUCUUGCAGCCUGGAAUAUUACUCAGGCAGCAAUUCUUAAGGGAUAUUCAUCUCAGUUAACCAUAGUAGCCUUCUAUUGCUUGUUUGGAAGCAUCCAAAGUGGAAUACUUUCUCUCAUUGUAGUCAGAGAUCCAAAUGACUGGAAAAUAAGCCCUGACAUUGAGCUCAUCUCAAUAUUCUAUUCAGCUAUUGUGGGAAGUGUGUUGACAUUUUCUGUAUUGACUUGGUGCAUAAAAAGGAAAGGACCUGUAUUUGUUAGCAUGUUCAAGCCUGUGGGGAUUGCCAUUUCAGCCUUUUCUAGUGUUGUCUUCCUUGGUGAAACACUCCAUGUUGGCAGUAUCAUUGGCGCAGUGAUAAUUGCCAUCGGAUUUUACACAGUAUUGUGGGCACAAUCAAAAGAGGAAAACGUGAAAGGCCUCCAAGUUGAUAGACAAUCAUCCCCGUCUGCCCAAAGGAGUCCUCUACUAGAGUCUUACGGAAGCAAUGUAUUAGCAUAAACAUUUUUAACGGUGUCUACUAGUUCAUCUUCGUCAAUUUAUUGAAUAGUCACCGGUGUGGUGAAAUAAUAUUUUUCAGUAGAUAUUUUACCAAUCUAUAGUUCUGUUUUGCAAAUUGUAAUGUAAUCCUGCUCACCUAUUUCUGUACUGCCUGGCUGCCUGCUCUGGUAAAUGGAAACACUUGCAUUCCUCAGUUCCCUCAAUUUGAAAAAGGACAAUGGCUCAUCAGAAGAUAACUAAUUGUAAUGUAAAUCCUGCUUACCUAUUUAUAAUCCUUUACAAAAUGUGGAACCAUAAGAGUCCCGAGAGGAAUUAGCACUUGAAUUAAACAUAACCCCUUUACCAUGUAGGAAAACAAUCUAAUAAGUCAAGCCUACACAUCUGCACCAUUUUUACCAGAUACUGUGCAUAUAAUCACUUGACUUCAUGAUGCAGAAUCUACUACAUUGUCAUCCAGAUUUCAGUGUUGGAGAAUAAU